CUGCACUCCGUAUUCACUCCUGAUCGCAAGUGGAAUCUCAAAUAAGGUUACUCCAUAACUCCCCCGGAUUCUUUCGAGGCAUGCACCUUAUCGCUCAAACCUCAGUCUUCAUUCCGGUCCCUUAGAUCUUUCCCACUCAUAAACAUUCCGCGAUACAAGAGCAAAUAAACACAAAAGCCCAAACCCCGUCCCCUACAGCGACUUGACCGGACGACUUGUCUGCCCACAAGUCGCACAAGUCGACUUCCUCCGGUGCGCAAUCAUUCGACGCUUCCGCUCUCCGUAGAAUUUCCCCUGAUUCUUCCUUCGAAGUUUCGUCUUGCAAUGGCUCCGAUCACUACGGUGGCUGCGGAAAUGAGGAAGCAAGAAGAAUAUGAUGAUAUACACGAGGACCCUAUCGAGGAUGAGGAGGAUGAGGGUUCCUACCUAGACCCUUCUCAGAUGGAGUACCUGGAGCAUCAUCGCAGACUUGAUCAAUUCCUAUCACCGUUGUCUCUCGAUGAAGCAGUUCUAUACAAGCUUGCGCGUCGCUUCUCCGGUGUGUAUCGUGAUCUGGCCCUACACUCCGAAGAACAGUUUCUACCGACACCAGUGACGCAUCUGCCCACAGGCUUGGAGACAGGACGUUAUUUGGCCAUCGAUGUUGGGGGAAGUAACUUACGAGUCGCGUUCAUUGAGCUGUUGGGGGAUGCUGCUAAUUCUGAUAUCGGGCCCACGGACGCCUUAGAGCAAUCGACCACCAUUCGCAGAGCACAAAGACAGCGCGUGAGACGAACACUAGAGAGAGCGUGGCCUAUCCAGGAACAUUUAAAAAUGGACAACGCGGAGGACCUGUUUUCUUGGAUUGGUGAUCGUAUUGCGGAAGUGGUAGCCGAAAGUUUGACUUCGGAUGCUACCAAAGGCAAGGUCCCCGAAGAAUUAGAGAUGGGAAUCACCUUCAGUUUCCCGAUAAUGCAAGAAUCGUUGUCGGAGGCUACGUUGAUGCCGAUGGGUAAAGGUUUCGCCAUUACAUCGGAUCUCAACCUUCGCAAGAUUCUUCUUAGUGGCUAUGAAAGACACACAAGACGUCCGGAUGAUGAAGAUGAACCUUCUUCCAAGCGCCGAAAACUUUUCGCUCUACCGAAACUCAAGAUCACUGCCAUCACGAAUGACGCCGUUGCUACACUUGCAUCUUUGGCUUAUGCUGUCAAGUCGUUGCCUAACAGCCGGGUCGCUAUGGGUAUAAUUGUAGGCACGGGAUGUAAUGCGACAAUCCCAAUGAAACUAAGUUCUUUGCAUGAAACGAAGGCCAAUCAUGUCAAGUCGAAAGAUUCAGAGGCAGUAGAGACGGUCAUCAACACUGAAUGGACCCUUGCCGGCAGCGCACCUCCCUUGAAGGAACUCGAAAUCAUAACUAAAUGGGACAUUGAACUAGACAGGGCAUGUGCACGACCUGGUUUCCAGCCAUUUGAGUACCUGACUGGUGGUCGAUACAUCGGUGAACUUAUCCGGCUCAUCCUUUUUGACUAUCUCACCAACGUUAAGGGAUUAUCUUCGAAGGAACUACCUGCGAAUCUUAUUCAAGAGUAUGCAUUAACUACUACAUACAUUUCAGAUAACGUCGCUCGCGCUCGGUCGGACCAGGAACUUGCGGACGGAUUGAAUCACUCUCUACCCCCACCGGAAAGUAGUGAGUGGCAUUGGGAUGCUGUGUGCGCCGGUGCCUUUCGGAAGAUUGCUCGGACUGUACAAAAACGAGCUGCUGGUUUGAUUGCUGCGGCAGUAGUGGGGUUACUUGCCUGCGCGAACGAAAUUGAGUUGAAAGUGGAGAGCACCGAAAACUCACCACAGCCCUCCGGCGCUGCAUCUCCUGAACAUAAUGGCGGGGCUGACGUCUCUGCUGUAACAAACUUCUUAUCGCCAUCUACGUUACAAGUGCCAACAAACGCCCAAAGAGGCAACAGGCCGAUUGUCCCGGUUUUAUCGCCUUCGCCUACGCCGGCGGAUUGGCAAUCGGGUCCUGAAGAGCUCGUCGUCGCUUACACAGGCGGAAUUAUCCAGCACUAUCCUAAUUUCAAGACCAUGUGUCAGCAAUUCAUUGACCGUCUCAUCAUGAGAACUGGGCCUCAGAAGAGCGGGAAAUCGGUCUUCUUACGCGAAGUUUCAGACGGUGGUGUCAUUGGCGCUGGAGUUCUGGCAGGAAUGGUAGCUAACCGGUGAUCCAUGAGCAACACCUCAUCUCUUUGAUUUAUGCGAUACGAUCUUUAUAUUUGUAGAAUGCCUCCUGAUGAGCGCUAUGGUCUAUUGGAGUUCACAAUUUUGUCUGGGCGAUAGAGGCGCUUGUUUGAUUGAGUAAGGCGUUCUAUAGUGGUCCCUUGCUUCUUAACUAAUCUUGCAUUAUUGUCUAUUUGACAUGGCUACCGCUUCAUUUUAAAUUGCGUUUAUUAGAUUGAUGGACUCUUAAAUCGAGCAUCUCGACCAGUUCUUCAACGCAGUAGAUGGG